UACAUUUUUCAUGAUUUUUUUUAAUGAAACCAACCAAGCGUGAUUAAGGGGUUGAUAUCCUCCUCGUAUUUGAGAUCUAUUGUAGUGUUGCCAAUCACUACUCGAUGCCUGAAGUUCACAACACCACCUCUUGAUCGAUUUCAAUCUUCUUCCCCAAUUUCAAUUUAGGCUUUCCUAAAACUUUAAAUUCACUCAAACCAAGUUUCGAAACUCUGUAAAUCUUCAAGCUUUUGGAAAAUUUAAUAAUGGCGGAUGGAGUUUGGGGUCGACAAGGACCUUUGUAUACCUCUUCUGGCAUGCUUAAACGCCCUCGCAACGAUUACGAGCUGCCUCCUUCACGGAUAACACCUGCACUUGAUAUGCGUGACUAUUUAAUACGAGACGAUGAACGAGGAGGACCCAGGGUUGCAAAGGACUCACAAACACUAGGGUCAGCGUAUGACCGUUAUCUCCAAAGAACGGAAGUUCCAUCCUACACUGCUGGAGAAGCUAGUACAUUUCCAGGAGCUUCAUUGGGAAGGGGUAUCUCAGUGGGAGAACCAUCUCUAUUGGGCCGCCCUGGAUCUAUGGCCCCAGAUGCAGCAUCAAAUGGACGAGAUGUUGGAUUUGGGGGUCAGCUGCGAGUUGAUACAUUGGCCAGACCUGUACGUGAAACUGUACCUCUUCCUUCCGACGCUUCAAACACUCUAUAUGUCGAGGGACUUCCUCCGAAUAGCAGUAAAAGAGAAGUAGCUCAUAUCUUUCGCCCCUUUGUGGGGUAUAAAGAAGUACGACUAGUGACCAAGGAGUCCAAACAUCGCGGAGGAGAUCCUCUCAUCCUCUGUUUUGUGGAUUUUGUUGAUGCAGCCUGUGCUGCUACAGCUUUAAGUGCCUUGCAAGGUUACAAGAUGGAUGAAGAUGAUCGAGAUUCUGCCUAUCUUCGCAUACAGUUCUCUCGGCACCCAGGUCCUCGAUCGGGUGCUGGAUCUCGUGGGAGGCAUUAGUAAAUGAGAUGGGGCAAGUGCGCUUUUUAUUAAUCAUGCUCCAAUUUGGUGGUUUAUUUUGCCCUAGUGUAUUAUGGUUCCAUGCCUGCCUUAAAGGUUAUAGAGCAUGCUGGAAGAGAUGAGGAAAAGAAGAUAAAUAUCGGCAACUGGAUUAAAGUGGCGUAGAUCGGUUAGCCUUUAUUUUAAUUUCUGGCAUCCGCUGUGUGAUGUGUAGUUUUCGGCAGGUUUUUGUUUAAACCUGAGUGGUACUUAUCUUAGUUAUUUUACCGUAGCCAUAAAUCCAAUGAAUGCAUUAGCUUAACUGUUUUCUAAUUGAGGGUAUUAGGGGUACUAUUUCAGGGCUAGCUACUUGGUCGGAGAUGGCUAAUUUUUAUGCUCCAAACAUGGUUUUCAAAAGAAGCAAAAUUUGAUGAUAUGCUAUGAUCUGCUUUGCUUGCAUAGUUUUUAGUUCUGAAAUUGCUUUAUUAGUAAACUGAUUUUGGCAUAUCUAUUAUUGAUUUUAGCAUCGAAUGCAAGACAGGUGUUUUGCAAACGGAAGUGACCAUUGACAAUAGUGCCUUUGGCUAUACAAAAACUGGUACACAUUUGAGAAAUGGAUUAACCGGGCCGUAUUGAAGAGAACUAGUACGGUUUCUGAGCCAAAAAAAAGUUAUUAAUUUCCAAUAAAUUUCAGCUUCAGUUACAUUCCCCGAGAAGCAAACUAUGUUGCUCACUACUUGGCUAUGUUGGCCAUGGAUAUUGAGGAGGGAGAGAAGCACCAUGACACCGCUCCCUGCUGUGCAAGGAUUGCGUACGAGGAAGAUGUCAAGAGCAGUUACCCUUGAUCAUGUUAGACGCUGCUAUUUGCUUUCUGUUCUAGUUUUAGUUUCAUGUUUAAUUAUUUGUUUGUGUUCCCUGCUGCGCCCGAGACUUUGUGGGAUGAUGGCAGAAGAAAUGUUGGUCGCAUUUUGUUUGAUGUACUCUGCUCUUGGAGCUCCCUUUUAAGAAAUUUAUAAUUUUGCUUUUUC